GAGUCAAGUGAUGUGGCGUGAGAGACAAUAGGUGAAAGGAGAUACCUCUUCAAGCGGAAAAAGGAGAACUUGGAACAUCUUGAAAGCAGGAUGUUGAACGCGAGGUGAGAGACGAAUUCAUCAUCCGACACUUGUUCUUGUCGACAGUGUGUGGCAGCGUAGCAGCCAGCAAGCAGCUAUUGGGGUAUGUCGAGAGAAAGCGGCUUCUGGCAUGUGUCGCCCACACCGGAGAUGAAUGACAAUGUCGCAGGCCACGCAGUCAGUUUCUGGGAGAUGAGAAAAGGAUGGAAAGCCAGAAAUUUUGGAGUGUUCAUUGCUCCCAUUCUUUCUGACACGAUAUUUAAAGGAUCAUUCUGGCCCUCCGAAUUCGGCGUGGGAUUCAAGGGAGAAUCCUCCUAGUGUUCACAAUUCAAUCCAUCGUUCAGGACCUGCCUGCUUCUCUGGAUUCUGGGAUUCGAAAAUUUCGUCGAGGAGGAGUGCUGCGUGGGAUUCUUUGAUGCAAAUUGUAGCGAAGAUUCUGUUGGAGAAGUUACUACUUUCGGAAUGCAAUCUCAGUGUUUUGUGUUGCUCGAGCCCAAUUGCAUCCGAACGGUGGAGAGGACGCGGAGCACAAGCCAAGCCGGAGAUUGUGGGGUCUCCUUUGUAUCGGAGACUUGUUUAUCAGCCGGAAGUACUAGGUAUGGGAGUUUCAAACAUUCCAAAUUUCACCUGUCGGAUUCCUGGAUGCAGCAUCCUCUCUUGUGUUCCUCGAAUUUGACACCAACUAGCCAAUCUCUGCGGUGGAAUCCGAUGGGAUUGUGCGUAGGUUCCAGUUCUCUUCUGGCCUGCUCGUCUUCUAUAGCUUUUCGAGACCACAGCCUGCUUGUGUUAGGUGCGUCUGCCUCCUUGCAGUUAACCUUAUUUUGUUUACGUACUGAGAAUUCCUACCCUUCUCCCGCACCUCCUAGAAGACAAUCCUUACGACUAGUGCAGCAGCCUAGAGAGCAGUCUUCAUUUCCCCCCGAAGCCCUUGCCAAGUCGACAAUUAUCACAUCUGGCGACGAAGAUUAUGAUAGUAUUGAGGAAAGGCUUUUGAGAGCAUUAAAAGAAAGGAGAACAGAGGAUGCUUGGCAGUUGCACCAGGUUUUGCGGAGGGGAGGGAUUUUACCUUCGCAAACGUGCUGUAGUAGGUUGAUUGCUCAACUGUCUCACAAAGGCACCCCUUCCAGCCUUUCACGAGCUCAAAAGAUGUUAGUCGAUCUGCAAUCGGUAAACAAGGUUUCUCUUCUAGAUGCCGAUGCCAUGGGAUUGCUGGUCAUGGCAUCUGCUCGCGCAGGAGCUGCACGAUAUGCUCUCAGCAUCACAAGGGUGAUGCUUCAAAUGGGAUUCCUUCCGCCCGUAAAAGUUUGGAGUGCUGUUGUUAGUCGUCUUGGAAAGCACCCGUAUGACGCCACUUUGGCUCUCGAAUUGUUCGAUGAAAUAUGUGACCUGACUGCAUUAGAGGUGGAGAGUGGUAACGAGAGUAGCGAAGGAAAUUCUGACUUGGAUGUUGUAUCAUCGAAUUUUGUGAAUGGGCGAAGAAUUGUAACUCAGGACCCAGUAGGUAUUAGACCAGACACCGGUGCAUUCAACGCCGUUCUAAAUGCCUGCGCAACAGGGGCACUGGCAAAGAAGGCGGAAGAAUAUGUGGAGCGUAUGGCGGAAUUUGGAGUUCGGCCGGAUGUUCUGACUUUUAAUAUUCUAAUAAAACUUUUUGCCAAGACAGGGGAAGCUAACCAGCUGCUGAACAUUCUUGAGCAAAUGGAGGAACAUUCGAUCGAACCUGACAUAUCCACCUUAAAUUCACUAGUCUCUGCGUACACGGCCCUCGGCCAUUUAGACGAGGCUGAGCGAUUAGUUCACUCCAUGCAGCAAGCAGCAGGUCAAACACGAAAUUCAAACAAUAGUGGGGACUGUGCAAGCCAGCUGGAAGAGCAUCGUGUUGUCGGCAAGGUGUCCCCGUGGGUAGAGAGAAUUACUAGGGUAUACGAGGGAGCAGAGGAAGUUGAAAAGACAGGUAAGGGAAGUAGGUCACUUCAAGCUAGGUGGAAAAAUAUUGUGAAGCCUGACGUACGCACAUACACGACAUUGAUGAACGGGUACGUGAAGAAAGGUAGAAUGAAAGAUGCUGUUCAGCUUCUCAUUGCUAUGCGGAAUGAGGAAGAUGCCAGGAGCCACCCUAACGAAGUAACUUACACCACUGUAAUUGGAGCUUGCGUCAGCUUGGGACUCAUGGACGAAGCAAGGAGUGUUUUACUUGAAAUGGCAGUUCAAAAGGUACCUGCAAAUCUUGUGACUUACAAUACCUUGCUGAAGGGGUAUUGCAGGGCGGGGCAGCUUUCUAAGGCCUAUGAACUGAUGAAAGACAUGAAAGUAGCAGGUCUUUCACCAGACGUGGUGUCCUACAAUACCCUGAUAAACGGUUGCAUCCGAAGGGAUGACAAUGUUGAUGCCCUGGAAGUAUUUCGAGAGAUGAGGAGUGCGGGCAUUGCUCCAUCUGAGGUUAGUUACACGACUCUCAUGAAUGCUUUUGCAAGAAAUGGACAGCCAAAACUGGUGGCGGAGGUCUUCGAGGAGAUGAAGCAGGAUCCGUGGAUGCGAGUCGAUGUAAUCGCCUGGAACGUUCUGAUCGACGGGUAUUGUAGGGCUGGGAUGAUGGAUGAGGCCAAAGAUAACUUCACUGAGAUGAAGGAGCAAGGGUUCCAUCCUACUGUGGCAACUUAUGGGAGUCUGGUGAAGGGGUACGCAUCAGCCGGUCAGGCUGGUGAAGCUUUAGUCAUAUGGAAAGAGAUUCAAGAAAGAGUAUUGGCCAAGAAAGGGGAUGAAGUUCAGCCACUUGAGCCAGAUGGAGGGCUCUUUGACUGUCUAGUGGACACAUGUGUUAGAGCGGGGUAUUUUCAAAGAGCUCUGGAAGUGGUUGCUUGCAUGGAGCAGCAAGGCAUUUUAGCUGAUAAGGUCAAGUACAAACGCAUGUUCAUUGAGCUGUAUUCUAACUUGUACACGAGCCAACAUGCAUCAGCUAAGAGGCGAGCAAAAUCUGCAGACAAGCGGAAAGCCGUCGAUGCAUUUAAAUUUUGGCUGGGACUCCCAAAUCAGUACUACCAAACUGAUUGGACGCCAUAAUGCCGUACGAAGGGUAAAGAUCAUCAACUGAUCUUAGCCGCUACCCUGUAGAAGUCCUUGUUCAGGGUUGUGAACCUUCUGGGCUAUACGCCGAGAUUUUUGAAACCUAUUCCAGACGUUCAUGAAGCAGGACCUGAGCGAUGGUGAAGACGGAAGGAAUGUUGGAGAAACUUGCUAUCGAGAGUAUUUGGUUACAUGUGAUCUUGACAUUGCACAGUGGGAGAUCGCAUCUGUGGUGAAAACUGUUUUUGGCUUUCAAGAAAGUCCAGAUUUCUAUUUUUCCAACCUCCGACUUCGAUCCAUCUUUCCUAACGGUCACCCGGACGAUUUCGUUGAAAAGGACACCGGGAUCCGUCCGUCUUUUUGCUCUCUACCAGUAGCUGUCUGCUGUCUGUGCCUUUGGGAGGAGAAAGGCGUUGAUGUGAAUACGGGCUGCUUGGAUAUUCUAGGCGCUCAGUUAUACGGCCUUUUAAAUUGAUGGCCUGUUGGGCCUUUUAGAAUUGCCACAAGGCAAGUAAGUUCAACAAAAUUGUAAUUAUAGAGCAGAUGUCACUAUUGCCGGGACAUGCCUCGAAAUUCAACAUGUUGACGUUAACACCCGGUGUUACCGUUAAGCAGUCCCCGCAUACUUCGUAGGAUGCAGAGGUAUAUUCUGUAGUCUUUCACGAUGUGAACAGGGUUGUCAGCUUGACGGUGUCUAAAAUUAGUGCGAUCAAGCAUGACAACUAGAUUUGCUCGGUGACCCUGUCUGUGACACUAGCAAGUCAAUUCUUCAUGUCCUCUAUAAGCUCCUUCAGAUCAGGAUUAGGGUCUUUCAUUAUUUCCGUAGCAUCCUAGUCAGGCAUAGAAAGAGCCUACUUCGCUAAUUCAUUUAUCUCCUCGGCCAGUGGUCCCAUGAAUAGACCAUGCUCUUUUUUGAUAAGGAAUUUCUUAAGAUGGACAGCAUCAUGAGCUGGAAAGACUAACAGUGCAACAACUUCGUUA